ACUCGGUUGCGUGGAGCUGAAAUUCAACACAAGGCAUCUUUUGUUACCGAGAUAUGAUUUACAGCAGCUGCCGCGCUCCCACCCGCAGAAAUAACAUUAUUCUCAUUAGAAAUAAACGGAGUCUGGGGGACGGCGGCUCCGCGUCCCGCACCGUUUGGCACAUUCAUUUCACAUGGACGCACAUUCACCUUACGUAACCUGCAGAUGCGUCGCUGGAUGCUGUUGUUGCAUGAGGCUCGGCUGCAGGUUUGCGUGAGGGUCGUUUGCGUGGAUUUCAUUGGGCGAUGCGGAACCUGGAGGCUGAUAAUGCGGUGGUCGUGUUGUAAACAGAAAUGUGUCAGAGAGCCUCUCCACAGUGAGGACGCAGCGAUGCCCCACCACAGGGAGGAGGACCCGUCUCCGUCCCGUCGCCUCGGCCUGGCUCCCUGCCGCCUCCACGCACCGAAGCCCGGCCACGACUUCCCAUGAGGCCUCCACCAGAACUCAGCUCGACCGCUCUGUAUGGGGCCUCUCACUUAUGAAUUGACAUGGAGGAUGAAGAUGGGACUUGUCUACUUGAUGUUUUGUGUGACCCCCAAGCCCUGAACGACUUCCUUCAUGGGACCAAUGAGCUGCCGACGGAGGACCUGCUCAUUAACUCCUCCUCUGGGGAGCCCUCCCUCUUCACAGAUGCCCCGAGCCCCGUCUCUCUGCUGGGAGAUGGCAGGGAUUCCCCAGACACGCCUCCCCCCGGGUGUGUGGAUCUGUCCUUCCUGGAGGAGGCUCUCCUGUCAUCGCCGGAGGGUGAAGACCUGCAGGUGGUGCAGGGUGGGCAGCCUGUGGAGGGUGGAUGUGAGGCGAAGAAGGGAGAAGUGCCGGAGGUGGAGGAGGCGGAGGUGGCGUGUGACAUCCUGCAGCAGAGUCUGCAGGAGGCCGACAUCACUGAGCAGACCAUGGCUCUGGAGGCAGGUCUGGCCCAUACUGGGGACAGUCUCUCCCUCUACUCACCCGCCCCUCUCCUCUCUCCUCCCACCGCACCAUUCCUACCCAAGUCUGUGACGUUGUCUGUCACGCCGGCGUUGCCCAGAGACACCCAGGCAGCAGUGGAGCCUCCCCAGCCCUCGCUCCUGGCUGUCGGACCCGGCUGCCCCUCUCUAAAACCUGCUGCACCGCCUCAGCUGAUGGGGCUCCUGCCUGGAAACGUGUUCCCUGCUCCUUCUCCAGAGACCUCCUUCUCUCUGAGUCCCGCCCAGGGCUCCAGUAUGAUCAUCCACAAGGCUGUUCCCAGUGUGACCGGUCGUCCUCUCAUCACUCCAUCCCUGAGAGCCACAGCGGCAGCACCAGGGAUUGUGCUGCAGAGGGCCCCUCUCCCCAUCCAACCCAAGCUCCCCAUCAGCAUUCAGCCCAGACUGGUUCAAAUAAGCCCCAAGCCCUCUGGGCAGAAACCCACACCAGGUCUUACAUUCGUCCCUGGGACUGCCUCACCAAAUAUUUUACUGUCCCAGACUCCAGUCCAAAAGCCCACAGCUCCACAGUCGCAGCCCAACCAGCAGCUCCCCAAACCAGUCAGCCUGCAGUUAGUCAACCAGGGCGGCUCCUUCGUGCUCCAGCCUCAGGGACUCUUCCAAGGCCAAAACCAGUUCCUUCUUCCGGGCCAGUCCCCCGUCACAAUCUCCCAGCCCGCCAGUGCGGCUCGACCACUGCUGACUCCCAGUCACCAAGGCCCAUCGGUCCACAGCGUGACGCCGUCCACCGGGCAGCUUGUGGACGGCUCUCAGAUCCUAACUGUCCCCCAGAGACAGUUGAACUUCAGCCCCGUCUUCACCACCCCCACAGGGCAGCUCGCGCUCCGCCAGGCCACUGUGCUUUCAGGACCCUUGCAUCUACAGUCAGCACCCCCCACUGUCUUCCAGAUGCCGGCACAGCUGGCUGGAACGUACACUGCAGGAGGGCAGGGGCGGCGCGCCACCCUGGUCCACAGUCCCGCUCUUGGAAACCACAUAACCUUGAUCAACAGUUCAGGGGUGCUUCCCCCGGAUCUCACUUCCAUCUCAAUCGUCAACGGGCCCUCGGUGGUUCAGGGGCUGCCUUUCGCUGCCCAGGCCCCGGCUCCUCAGGCGGGAGUGACAGAGGGACAGCUGAGCCUCCAGCAGGCGUCUGUGGUGCUGCUGCCAGAGAGAGCUGUUCAAGAGGAGAGGAGCAGCUCAGAGGAGACUUUCCACCAACUGCCGCAGCCGUACGGACACGUGCUCCAGCACAUCUCCGUGCAGCCCCCCUCUGCAGGGCUGCAGGCCUCCUCUCCUCCCGUCGUCACCGUCCUGCAGCCUCCUCCCGAACCACCUCUGGCCCCCAAUCCAGCUGCAGAGAUGCCCAAACUAUUGAUGCCUCCGGCCGACAUGACCCAAGUGGUGGAGGAGGUGGCCCAGUCCAUGAGUCAGAACCAGGCCUUUAUGCAACAUCUGCAACAGCAAGCACUUAACUCUCCCAUCGCCUCUGAUUUGCUGGUUGGAGCGCUGCCAGUGGUGCCAAUGGAGACUCUCGCCUCCCCCGUGGCCAACGAGAGAGAGACCCAACCUCAGACCCGCUCAGUCCCAGAUCAGGACCCCCACAACGUGACGUCUGACCAGCGUGUGGAGGCUUCUCCGCUCAGCUCAGAUCCUGACGACACGCCGCUGCUCUGCUCCUCCCCUCCUCUCCUCCCUCAGGACACAGGGAGAACAGCUCCGGCAGCUUUCUCCCCUCCAGCUGGAGCUCAGAUUCCUCCGCCUGCACCUGAGAGGUCGGCUCCGCAGCCCCUCACAGAGCCCCAAGCCCAGUACCAGGCCCAGCAUCAGCUCCAGGUCUCACAGGCCUUAUUCGGCCAGAACCAGGUGCAGAUCCAGUCGUCGGUUCCCCAGCCUCGGUCCUCGAGUCACACUCCAGUGCACAGCAGCUCUUCCUCCCCCCCUCUGCUGGUCAGCGUCCCGGUGCCUCAGCAGCAGCCUGAUCCCGCAGCUGCUCGUCUCUCCAAAGGAGGAGACGACUCCGCUGUCCAACAGCACAACACACAAAACAAGCCAACAGCUGCCUUGGCCGUGGAGAGUAAAGCUUUUACUCUCGAUGUCCAUCCACACUCUCCCACAGCCCAGGAUGUUCACGGGCCCCCAGCUCCCAGAGAGUGUGGCCCCGUCCAGGAGACCCAGCAGACAGGCACCAAGCUGGCAGUUUGUCUGGAGCAGCAGAGAGAGGACAGGAUCACACCAGCAAUACGCAGGCACAGGUUCCAGCAGCAGCUUUGUUUGGACCACGCAGCUGUUCAGCACCCGUUCACCGGCCCGGCCUUUUCCACGCUGAAGGACGCCGUCAGACGCCUGCUGCCGUACCACACGUGUGCCGGUCACCUGCCGACGCAGAGUGACUUCAGUUUAGUGGACCAGGAGUUUGACUCUGUGUCCGGUUUCCUGCUGAAACGCACCAAGGACAUGAUCAACAAAUACAGGCAGCUACUGGUCAGAGAAACUCAGCAGGAGAGUCCCUCAGCAGAGAUGGUGAUGCUGGAGCGACUCUUCCUUCAGGCCGAGCGGUUCGCUUUGGCCGAGGACAGACGCAGAGCUCGCAGAGACCCAG